AUGGCAUCAUCUAGAGUGUUUAUGGAUACUGAUGUCCAGCCUACCAAGGAUUAUCUUGCAUGGCUGAGCUCUAACUUGGACAUUGCUAAUAAGAUUACGGCAGAGGUUGUCACUAAGCGUGAGCCAGUAACACUAGAGGAACUAUACUCUUACAUCAAGCAGGAGACUGCUAAGGUUGCUUGGUUUGAGUGCACAACAACUAUAGAUGAUAUUGUCCAGAGUUCUUCUUGGUAUUAUAUUUCUUGUGGUGGGUGUAAUAGUAACACAAUCAAAGGGUCUACUUCACUAAUUUGCAACAAUAAGAAGUGUGUGAAAAGGGAGGUUACAGGCGUUCCUCAAUAUCUCACGAAGAUUGCUGUUUAUGAUAAGAGUGAACAAGCAGUUUUUGUCAUUCUUGGUGAUGCUGGUAAAGAGUUGACUGGGAAGCAUGCAUCCGAAUUGGUUGCCAAAUAUUUUGAGUCAAAUGAGGAAUUAGGAGCUAACCAUCUCGUGCCGGUACUGCAAGCUUUACUUGAUACGAUAGGGCACACGCACAAGUUCAUUGUCAAAAUCUCAGAUCAUAACCUAACAGGCAAGACUCAAACCAUAACUGUCACAAAGAUACUUCCACCAGAAGCUCCACUUGCUAUAGCACACUUGGAAGAAGGCACUACUCCAGCAGUGUCCGAUGAUGUUUUGAAGGGUGUAGGUGAUGAACCUGGUCCUUCUACAAGCUUUGAGCAUUCCGCUGGUGAUAGGGUCAGAAAAUCCUCUGAGAGUUUUGAAUCACUUGAAGCAAAGCGUUCCAAGAGUGGCUAA